CCUAUAAACAUACCUGCUCUUGGUCCAGUGUCCUGAGUGAGGAAUGUACAGCUUUCCUUCCAGGAGGCUGUGACAGUCCUUGACCAGCGACAGUGACGUUGAUGGGAACGAGGGCACUGGAGGCGGUGCUUCCCCACACCCAUCCGGUACCGGGGCAGGCCCGACAGCCUGGAUUCCCAAAGCGCCCGGAAUGCGGCAACUCAUGAGCUUCUGUCCUCAGACCCAAGAAGACCGCUGGGGGUUGUAGGGUCCAUACGUUGGAGCGCCUGCCGCGCCAGAAGCUGGGCGCCAAAAGCCAUGAGCAGCUUAUUGCGGUCGACCUCAAGCAGCUGGCGGCGGGCAGCCACCGUGGUACUGGUGGCAGGCUGGACGCACCCAAGCCUCGCUGCCCCGUCGCUGCCGCCGCUUCCAGAUGAGGGCUUCCGGCUGUUGCUGCAGCAGCGCUCCAAGCAGCUAAGUUUCUUCCCCGGGGCGCACGUCUUCCCGGGCGGCGCCGUGGACCCGGCAGACAGCUCAGCCGACUGGCUGCGCCUCUUUGCGCCUCACCACGGGCCGCCGCGUUUCGGCCUGGGCCUCGCGCCACUCCAGCGCACCACUUUCCCCGAGCUGCCCGCCGCGGGGCCCGCCACCGCCACCGAGGACGGCGCUGCGCUGCCGGAUGACGUGACCUUCCGCAUCUGCGCCCUCCGCGAGGCCUUCGAGGAGGCUGGCGUGCUGCUGCUGCGGUCUCGGGCCUCGCCAGCUGCGUUGCCGGAGCCGGGCUGCGCCCUCCUGUCCGAGGUGGAGCUGAAAGCCUGGCGCGCCAGAGUCCACCACGACGCGCGCCAAUUCCUGCACUUGUGUGAGCACCUCAACUGCACCCCAGACAUCUGGGCGCUGCACGACUGGAGCUGCUGGCUCACGCCGUUCGUGGGCCGCGGCGGCCGCCGCUUCGAGACGACCUUCUACCUGUGCUUCCUGCGUGAGCUGCCGCUGGUCUACCCGGACUUGGACGAGGUGGUGAGCUGCGAGUGGUUAUCUCCAUCAGAGGCAACUAGAAGAUUCCUAUCAAAAGAAAUUUUUUUGGCACCCCCACAGUUCUAUGAAAUAAGAAGAUUUGAAAACUUUGCCUCUCUGUCUGACUUGCACAAAUUUUGUUUGGAUCAUAUAUUAGAAGGGGUGGAAAGAUGGAUGCCAGUCAACUUGUUAACUGCUGAUGGGAGAAUCAUCCUUUUACCAGGAGAUGAGCUGUACUUAGAAGAUUCAAAGUUUUUAGAAGAUAAUAUGUCCAGUGAUAGAAAGACUGAAGAAAUCAUGAAGGAGGGCAAGAAAUUUCACCGAAUGGUGGUACACAGUCGCCAUUGUUAUAGCAUCCAUGUGACUGUUCAGUCCAAGUAUAAACAUGUUUACCCUAAGACCUAUGUUGUAAAUAAGAGCCAUUUGUAAUGUAUUGAUUAUUUGUAAGAUGGCCUACCUGAAGGUGUCCUAAUAAUUAAUGAGGGUUAAAUAUUCUUGCUUGGAAUUUAAAGAACUUUGUGCCUAUAAAAAUUAUACUAGUCUUUCAUAUUUCAAGUGUAUUAUGGAGCUCUCUUGCUAAUUUUGUUUUGUUAACUUUACAGUGUCACACAAAUAUAAAGUAUUAAUAAUCUUGUUAUUGAAAUAAGAAAAAAAUUCACAAGGGUUUGCACUUCUGUAUUAUUUUAUUAUCAAAAGUUUAAGUAAGCUGUUCUAUUGCCAUUGUCUAUUAAAUGUCCUUUGUAUUAGCACCUUCAUCGACGUGCUUAGGAGAUCAUGAAUUCCUUAGACUUUCUGCUAGAGAUAAUUUCAGAGUGUCUGAUUACAUGAUAUACAAUAGACUUAUACAACCUUUGGGUGACAAUGUUAUUUUUUUGUAAUGUUUUUAGCUUGAUGAUUAAGAUAUAAUUCUGUUGAAAACUAAAUAACAUUAGUUAUUAGGUUUAUUACCAAACUGGAAAUCUGUCUUAGUUAAUAUUUUUAAAGACAUAUGAGGCCAUAACUAUUUUUACUUUGGAGUGCUAGUUAAUGAAACAAAGAGCUUAGAGAGAUAUAGACUUACUCAUCAUUUAAUGGUGUUAAUUAAUGAUGUUUAUUUUCAUAUGGGUAAUUUUCUCAGCUCCUCUUAGGAGGAAUAAUGUUUAUUGAUUAAAGGUGGGAAAUGGUUAAGACACCAAUUUUAUUUGAGAUCUUUGUAUUACGCAUUAUAAAACGGAUUUCAUAUUCUAUGAAA